AUGGCUUGCUUGAUUUCUCCUGUGAUGAAACUCUGUCGUCUCUCGUCCGAGUCGCGACGGUUUGCAUACCAGAAUCUGACCGGCGAUAUGGAAGAUUCGGUCGUAAGGGUGGUGGUAGGAAAGGAGAAGAAGGAGUUCAUGGUUGAAGCGUACGUACUAGAAGAAAAACCGUUUAGACUCUUGGUAAGUUCGGUUAAGGAACAUACCAUGAAACGGUUAAACCGAACCGGUAGAGUGGUGUGGCUUGAUCAUGUCGACUCCAUCUUGUUUGAGCACUUUCUGUGGCUUCUUCGAAACGAUGCAUCUACAUUUUCGGAUAUGGAUGUCAUCGAGAUCAUUGAUUUUUAUGCCCAAGAUCGCUAG